GACGGCCACGAUCGACAUGGAGAGGGAGCGGCAGCCCGCCUGGCUCGCGCACAACGAGGCGCACCUCUCCCGCGUCUACCCGAAGGGCAGCCGCGUCGACUCGAGCAACAUCCAAGACCUGCACGCAUGCCGCCUCUGGGCGGCGGGCGUGCAGCUCGUGGCGCUCAACGUGCAGACGUGGGACAGCGCGAUGAUGCUCGACGAGGCGCUCUUCCAGCUCAACGGGGGGUGCGGCUACGUGCUCAAGCCACAGCUGCCUCCACGGGGAGAGACCCUCUCGUGCGGCGUGCUGCUCACGCUUCGCGUCAUCUGCGCGUCCAACCUGCCGAAGACGCGAGACGAGAGGCUCGUCGCGAGGCCGUGGGACGAGUGGCAUCCUCAGGGCGCCUUCGCGCCGCAGCCGCUGCAGCCCGCAAACAUCAUCUCGCCCUCGUGCGAGGUGGAGCUCAUCGGCGGGCUUGUGGGGAGCGAGGACGCCGAGAUGCUGGAGGAGCGGUGGUCGCGCUGCACCUCCACCGUCGCUAACAACGGCCUCAACCCCUGGUGGGCAGAGGAGGAGUUCCGGUGCGCCUGCUACACCCCCGACUCGUCCUUCCUCAAGCUCUCCGUCUACAACGCCCGCCACCAGCUGAUGGGCAAGCCGGGCAGGCAGCUCCUCGCCUACGAGGCGGCGCUCGUCGGCGCGCUCCGACCCGGCUACCGCUCCGUCCAAAUGCGCUGCCCCAACGGCGGAUCGCCGAUCGAGUCAUGCUCUCUCCUCGUCCACAUCGAGUUGACUCCGCUCGAGCCAAACCAGACGCAGCACGUCAUCCCCGCGACGCCGCCGCAACAGUCCGCCGACCCGCUCGCCGACGCGCCGCCGCCCGUGCCCGGCUCGCUCGGCCGCGCCGCGGGCCGCCGCCUCUCCCUCCGCACCCGCACUCGCUCGCGCUGCCCCCCCACCGCCGAGUCCACGAGCGGAUCGUCGAGCUCGGUGCUGGCGCCGCCGGAGCGAUCCCUCGCCAAGCCGCGGUCCCGAUCGCGCGCAGGCUCGUCGGGCUCCGAGCGCGCGGCGGCGGCCGCAGGCCCCCCUCGCGCGGUGACGCCGCCCCCCCGCGCCGUCACGCCUGAGCCAGAGCAGCCGCCUCCGGAGGCGGAGCCCGACGGUGCCGGUCCGCACCCGGUGCGAGCGACAUUGUGAAUAUUCAUAGCCAUGUGCAUGGUCCGUUUUUCGUUUUGUGGCUCGGUGGAGCCUAUGUGUCUUUCAGUAAACGACAGGAUAGCAUAC